AUGAGGUCGACGUUGAUCGCAAAGAUCCUUCUGUCCCUGGAGGCUCUCCUUUUGCUCUCGAGUCUCGUCUCUGCAGCGCCGAAACCUGCAACCAACAUCCCACCCGAUCCCCCAUGGACUUACUCGGGAUUUAUGAUCAAGUAUGAGAAGGAGCACCCCGGAAGUAAAGUCGGGCCAUCUGUUGCCGCAAUGGGCAAAAAUGGCGUCCCAGCAGACCAGGGGUACCUCGACAUAGCGGGCAACUUCAAUCUGUCAGGGAUACCCAAGGAUUCCAUGCAUAUGAUCAAACUUGACUGCAAUGGCAACUGCAAGCCUUUUACCAGAAUCAGAUAUGUCGACGCGCGUAAGCCGGCCCCAACACGCACGUGCGUAGGCGAUGCACUUGUCGCCGUUGCACAAUACCGUUUUAAUUGCUUGCGUACCAACCCGCUGAAUAACGUGGCGUGCUGGUGGGCGCAUCCACCAUCCAUUGAUCACUGCUGCGGCGAAUGGAUUGAAUCCGACUCUCCUGAAGCCAAGAAAGCUUACCCAGUAAGGAAGAAGGAAAAGAAGAAGCUAAAUGGGCAGGAUUACUUUGUGUUCACCCCGAUCACUGAGAAGCGGAAGAACGAGAAAGGGAAGAAGGUCAUAAUGAACCGAGUCAUCGCUCAGUCCUCAAAGGACUACAAGAUGAACGUGUUAGGUUGCGCCGACUGGAAAGCUCGCGAUGAUUACGAAUAUGGCUAUUUCAAAAACAACCUUGACGCAUGGGGUAUCCUGGAUGCCGAUAAGGAAGGAGUGGCCGAGAGGCUCUUCUUCCCCUGGUACGAGCCGGUUAUACCAGAAUGGCGUAUUAAUUCAAAGGAGCCACAGGCCGGGGACGAGGACUAUCACAACCGAAGCAGCACAGCUUGA